GGCUGUUAAUUUGAAUUAUUGUGCAGUAGUUUCGCAGAACAUAGAGCAGAGAGUCGUGUCGGGCUCAUCACAAAAUGGCGUCCAGACUUAUUGUUUUAUCUGUGAUUCUCGCUGCCGCCUGGGCCGCUUCACCACCAGUACCACAACCCAAAUCUGGUAAAGUGAGGCCAUGCUACCUAAACGACUACAAAUGCAUCGCCGACAACCUGGCAGCUAACAGCAAAUGCAACAAGAAGGUCGUGGGUUCGGUGCCAAGCCAGUACACAGUGAGGAACCAGCGGUUCGAGACACCAUACUUUAACUCGUCGUACGUCGAUAACGUGUUGAUCGUGAGGAAUCAUAAUAAAUGCUACGUUUCGGAGUUCUUCUUCAACAUAGACAGAGACACGCUAGUCCUGUCGGUGGACUGCCCUAAACUCGACCUGGACUCAAACCGCACCCUCAUCCAGCACCACUCCUUAGGGGAGGAUACGGAAUACAACUACCACAUCAGGGGAAAUUACCCUCUCAUCCGCAUGACCACGAACCUGAAACACGCCGACAAACUGGACCUGUGCUCGGCCUACGUGCUGGGUGACGUCACCGCGCUGCCGAUCUUCAACAUUGAUCCACUUGACAAGCCAACAGCGAACUUCCUGUCGCACGACCUGACCUUCCUGAACAUCUACGAGAGAGAAACCUUCUUCUAUCGCGCACGCCAUCUGCUGCGUUACUUCGUCAACUCUUACAUCUGCAACUUCGGAUGCAAUUGAAUAAUUUGAAAUAAUGAUAUUAUUAUAAAUAUUGGGAUUAUUUGUGUAUUAAUUAUGUUAUUUUGGGAGCGGGAGAUAUAAAAUAAAAUAAAAUUUUGUACAA